AUGUCACUCCGCAUCACACCCGCGCCCUCCAACCCCAAGAGCACGUCCGCCACGCUGGGCGCUCCGUCAGCCCCCGGCGUCCAUGACACUCUUCGUUCCAACCUUGGUCUGACCGCUACCUCCGCCGCUGCGUCGUCGUCCAACACUCCUGAGCCUCAGCUUCAGUCGUCGCACCCUCUUGAAGCUCGUCUGGCCAAGUGGCGCGCCACGCAGGAUGCCUUGAAGAUGGAGGGUCUGCGCCGCACCUUCGGUAUGGGUGAGCCUAUCAGACGUGGUAUGGAACUCAAGCUAGCGGCUGCCGGUGAAUGGAGGCCUGCUGCUCUAGGCGGUGCUAGCAACGUCCACGGUGAUAUUCUCUCUGGUCGUGACACCGAGAUUGGUUGGGAGGACGUCUACAAGGGAGACGAUCUCCGCGAGGCGCCGGACUUCCAUACUGAGAUGGAAGCACGCAUGAAGAUGAACUGGUAA